AUGCACUCAACGAUAAUAGUGGUGCAUAUUGCAAACGGUGAAGAUUUUGGCUACGACGGAGUUAUAGGGCCAACGCAUUGGGGUGAGCGGUAUCAGGAAUGUGCGGGCAAGCAUCAAAGUCCCAUAGAUAUCAACGUCCUGCGAGUGAAGCAAGUGGCGCUGCCCGAUAUUACAUUCGUAGGCUUCGACGACUCCAUUGACGACGUUCAUGUUACUAACAACGGACACACGGUUCUGAUCGAAGUGGACAACGAACCGCAUCCGCGUGUCAGCGGAGGUCCUCUCGAUGGGGACUACAUCUUCAGCCAGAUGCACUUCCACUGGGGCGAUAACGACACCUUCGGUUCCGAGGACAAGAUCAACCACAGAAGUUUCCCGAUGGAGCUUCACAUGGUGUUCUUCAAAGAAGAGUACAUGUCCGCAAAGGAGGCGGUCAAGCACUCCGACGGCUUAACAGUCCUCGCGUUCUUUUAUGAGCUCGAUCGGCACCAGCACCCGGCUUACGACGACAUCACCUCGGCGCUGUCCAACGUAACGGAGCCGCAUUCGAGUGCGGCGAUGAGCCACCCCUUCUCCUUCCUCAACAUACUGCCGUACGACUUGAAUCGCUACUUCACGUACAGGGGCUCGCUCACCACCCCGCCUUGCUCCGAAGUCGUGAUUUGGCUCGACUUCGAACAGCCCAUCAGGCUCGCUCACGACCAGAUCGAAGCGUUCAGGGAGCUACGUUCUGCGACGGGUAAGAUUCGGCACAAUUUUAGGCCGAUACAGCCCAUUGGUGAUCGCGUCGUGUUUUACAACAUAGAUAAUAAAUAUUUCGGUUACAAUGAAAUCGACGAUCCGGACGAAAACAACCCACAGAGAAGAAAAAGGGGUCACAACAGGAGCUGGGCAAUA